AUGGCUCAAAAUCAGCCUCCACUGCAUUAUCCAGCAAUGUUAAAUCCCUACCUGAUUUACCAGAACCCUGUACCCGGUACUAGCAAUCACCUUCAGUUUGAACCAGACAGGGUCAGCGCUAGUCCAACUCCAAGUGAAUCCUCGAACCGAAGCGACGAUCGUAACAAGCGCAGUAGCUGGUCGUUGACCGAAGAGAGAUGCUUAAUUGCUGCUUUUAAGGAGUACUACGAUAGACUUAAAUCUACAAAAAGCAGUCAAGCCAAAAAAAAACAUAUGGGAAGAUAUUUUGAAGCAGUUUCGAAGUAUGUGCUUUGACAAUGGCGUGGAAUUUGAAAAAUCAUUAGCGCAGUUAAAGGAGAAGUGGCGGGCGCUCUUGGAUAAAUAGAAAAGCGUAUUUGAUAACAACAAUCGCACGGGAAGGGAACGUAAAACGUUCAAGCACUAUGAAGACAUGGACGAGUUUAUGGCUUCAUCAGACAAAGUGAAUCCAAGAUUUGUCAAGGAAAUGAAAGCCCACCGACAGGAUUGUAGCUCUGAUGAUACCGACGAUAUUUUAUCGACCGGAGAUCAAGAUUGCAGUAAGAAACCAGAGAAACGGCCGCCCAGCUCUGCUAGAGGCGAUCGUGUGGAUGCAGAGAAAACUGGAAAAACUGGGCAAAAGGAUGAAAAAGGACCAAAAAAGAAGAAGAAAAGGCUUAGCGGCGAUGACAUGGAGCUAGCAAUCCUUGACAUGAUGAAGUCACAGCAAGAAGCCAUCCAAAGAUCCGAAGAGAAUGACGAGAGAGUUUUUGAAGCUCUCCUCAAAUCUCAGGCAGAAGCGCAGCGACAACACCAAGAAUUUGUUGUGUCUGUGUUAGGAAAACUCGGAGACAUAUUUGCUUCCAAAAAAUAG